AUGGAUUCCCCCGUCGUGACGCAGCUUUUUCGCCAGCUAUUCCGCCAACAACACCCAUUAUGCCGCUCUCGACGAAACCUCGUGGCAUUGUCGUCGUCGGCUCUGCAACACGCGCAAAGACACGGCAGCAGGGUGCAGCAGCAACACAGCCGGGGCAUGGCCUCGCGCCCGAGCAACAGAGGUGCUGCCAAGAGCAUUGUCAAGUCCAACGAGAGCGAUUGGCAGCAGAGAACAGACCUGUUCUCCUUCGACAUGUCCGAGGAGUACAAGACGUAUCCUCUGGUCACGGCAAAUGAACUGAGAAGCAGAAAAGAGAGGCCCAGGAAGGUCAAGAUGCUGAUGCGGGACUUUAUCGAAGACAGUCUAUAUAACCCUCACUACGGCUAUUUCUCGAAGCAGGUCGUCAUCUACACCCCCGGGGAGCCGUACAACUUCAACUCACUGCACGACGAGCCAGCCUUUGCUCAGGAGAACAGUAGGCGGUGGACCGAAUUCGAAGACGACCUCGACUCGAAGCUCGAAAUCCCAAACGACACCAGACAACUCUGGCAUACACCGACAGAACUGUUCCGGCCCUACUAUGGCGAGGCCAUUGCCCGCUACCUGAUGGCCAACUACAUCAUGAAGACAUACCCCUACCACGACCUGAUUGUCUAUGAGAUGGGUGCCGGAAGAGGAACCCUGAUGUUGAAUAUCCUCGACUACAUCCGCGAACAGGAGCCCUCGGUAUACGACAGAAUCCAGUACAAGAUUAUUGAGAUCAGUCCGUCCUUGGCUGCCCUGCAAAACUCCCAGCUUAUGAGGAACGCCGCCAGCAAGGGACAUGCAGACAAGGUUGAGAUCAUCAACAAGUCCAUAUUCGACUGGAACGACCGCGUCCCUGAGCAAUGCUUCUUCAUCGCCAUGGAGGUUUUCGACAACUUCGCACACGACAGCAUUCGCUACGACCUGAAGACGGAGGAGCCACUGCAGGGCAUGGUGCUCAUCACCGAGAACAACGACUUCUACGAGUUCUACGAACCCGUCUUGGACCCCGUCGCUGCCAGAUAUCUCCGUGUGCGCCAUGUCGCUUCGAACGGCCGGUACCAGGUCCCAUACAGCAACAGCAAGGCGAUGCGAUGGCUCAAGCAGCAGAUACCAUUCUCGCCAAAUCUGAGUGAUGCCGAGUACAUCCCAACCAGACUCAUGCAGUUCUUCGACAUCCUGGAGAAGUACUUCCCAGCCCACAGACUUGUGACGAGCGACUUCCACACUCUGUCGGAUGCAGUCAAGGGGCUGAACAGUCCGGUCGUGCAGACUCGAUACCAGAGGAGAAUGAUACCCGUCUCCACACCCCUCGUCCACCAGGGCUAUUUCGAUAUCCUCUUCCCUACCAAUUUCAACACCAUGGAGGCCAUGUAUGGUGCUAUCACGGGCAAGCUGUCCAAGGUCAUGACACACGAGGAGUUCAUGCGCCGAUGGGCUUUUGUUGAGGACACAACAGUGCAGAGUGGCGAGAACCCGCUUUUGAGCUGGUACAAGAAUGCCAGUGUCAUGAUCACCACGAAUUAG